AUUUACAACCUGAACUGAGCUACGACGAGACGAAAUACGAGAAACAAAGUAAAUAAUCUUCCGAGCACUGUUCUUCGCCACCUCAGACAUAUCAACGCGUGGAUACAGAGAAGGAAAAAGUUGACAUAGAAAGUGAUAACAGUGAAAAAGAGAAACAGAGAAACACUGGAUAUACAGAUAGAAAAAAAAAACGUAGAAAGAAUACAGAUAAGAAGAAAAAAAAACAAUGAAAGAAAAAGAGGAAAUUAUGUGAGAGAUUUUGUGGAGUUACAACGCUAAGAAAAAAGACUCCUCGAGGAUUCUGUACGUGGGCGAAAGCUGGAAACGACGAGAGAAAAUAAUUAAGGGAACAAAGGAAGGAAGAUCAAAGUACAAGGACCUAAAAAGCGAUACAAGGCGCCAGAGUUCCACAGAAGAAAAAGUAAAGCAAGGAGAGGCGAAGGAAACAAAAGAACAAGAACAAGGACGAGGUGAAACUAAGGUGCCAGUGACAUAAUUUUCUGCUCCGUGGACCCCAACCUCCGCCACCACCACCGCUGCCAGACCUACCUCCAAGCGCCACACUUGUCAGAGAGAAAGACCCACGGCGGCGGCGGCGGAGACAAAGUCGGCGACGGGGUCGAGAGCGAGACACCACAAUGACGACAGACGGAGUGGCGGAGGCGGUGGCGGCGGUGCAACCUUAUCUAACGACGCAGCCGCCUCCAGGUACGCCCGCCAUGACCUCGGUGGCGAGUGACCAUCCCGGGGGCGCCACCAAUGCAACCUUCGCCGACAAGUUUGACUCCCGGUUGCUUUGGUAUGAAGACUACAUCGUCGGGUGCUUCCUUAUCAUUGUGGGCCUUGUGUCGCUGGUGGGCAACGGCUCCAUUAUGGUCAUGUUCUGCCGGAGACUGAGACACCUGACGGCCGCCGAGGUGCUCCUGCUCAACCUGGCCGUCAUGCACCUGUGUCUGGCGGUCUUCAGCUACCCCGCUCCCACUAUAUCCAGCUUCACGCACCGCUGGCUCUUCGGGAACUUGGGCUGCCAACUGUACGGGUUCGUCUGCUACACCCUCGGGAUCGCUACCAUCGUCUCCAUGGCUGCGUUGGCGGUCGUGAGAUACCUGAAGACCUGCACCCACACCUACAGCAGGAUGAUCACGAGCCAGCACAUGAAGUUCGUGCUGCUCGGAGUGUAUCUCUACUCCUUUUUCUGGGCCCUCCUGCCGCUCCUCUGCCUCGCUCGGGCCUACGAGGUGGAGCCCUUCGGAACCUCCUGCACUUUAAACUGGACAUCCAGCGAGCAAGCUGCCCGAGUCUACAUCCUCCUGGUGGUGGUGUUCGUGGUGGUAGUUCCCUUCCUGGUCAUGUUCUGGUGCUACCUCGAGAUCGUGCUCCUCGUCAGGCGCAACCACCGGAAAAAACUCAUCAUGUCCAAGCGUUCGGGCCACUCCCAGGGCCGCACGGAGCUUCAGCUGACCCUGGUUUCGGGUCUCGUGUGCGUCGGGUACCUGGUGGGGUGGCUGCCCUACACGGUGGUCUCGGUGCUGUACGGUCUCCUAGGUCGGGAGUCUCCCAUCUACCUCACCCUCGCCCCCGUCCUGCUAGCCAAGUCUUCCUGCGCCUACAACCCCGUCAUCUACGUCUUCAUCAAUGUCAGAUACAGGCGGCAGAUGCUGGCAAUCUUGUGUGAGACCAUCCGACCAGUCCUCUGCUGUCUGGCGCCCCAACCAUGUGAUACCACGGGAAAGCAGCCUGCAGAGACGUCGCAGGAAAUCAAGUUAUCCAGGACAGGAGAAGCCAACCCGGAGUCUAUCGUGAUGGAGGAGAUUCGGCCGCUCACCGCUGCCACCGCCGCCACCACCCUCACAGUCGCCUCCAGGGAUGACUUCAACUCGGCGGUGGACUCGCAGACGGAGCUGGUGACGACGCCAUUAGCCCACUCCCCAGAGCACCCACUCCCCCCACAGCAGGAGGAUGGGAUGACGGCGCCCGCUGCCUCAUCUUCCUCAGGACAGGCUCUUGAGGACACGCAUGCCGCCGGGGCACUAAACUCCACCACUAUCUUUCACCCUCUCUAUAGCUUUCCCGAGGCGGGGGAGGCGGGGGAGAAGCAGUCGAGAAAUGGCAGUGUUGUUGACGGACAGAGAGCUUCGGCGGGCGGGGGAGCCGGGGACGGGGGUGAGGAAGUAAGCAUGGUCUCCUCCCCCACAGAUUCAGGCGUGAUGCCACCCGACUCGCUGCGAGACAGUUCCGUAAAGAGUCAAGGGAGAGGAAAGAGAGCGAGCGAGCCAGAGAUGCAGCCGUUAGCAGAAACCCUGUUGGACCACACAAAGCUCUCACCGGCGGGUAUGGAGGCGUCGCUCUCCUCGCUGCUGACGAGUCCAGCGAAGUCAGCCUUGCCCACCCAGCACGCCACCGAGGACGUCAGCCCCGGGGACGCGCCACGCCCGACGGUUCAUAUAUAGGGAGGCGCUGUUUGGAGGCCUCAGCGGUAGUCCAUCACAUCCUCGAUGUUGCCGACACGCCGCGCCUCCACAUCACGUCUCACGCACCUCAUCGUUAUCAUCAUCAGAGCGGCGUGGCAGAAACAUCCAUGUCUCACACCUCUCCAUGCCGCUCCGCCCACCAUCACCACCACCACCAUUGCCGUAUCAUUAUCUCUUCACGCUGAAACGGACAAUCAUUGCAGCAAAUCCCUCUCGCACCGCACUACAAUGAAUAUAUUUUACGCUCCAGAGAUUUGUGUCAUGUAUGUUUCAUUUCCUCGCUUGACGGAGGCUUUUUGGCGUCUCUUCUGUACCCCGGAAGCGUGUCGCUGGCCGUGAAAACAAGAUAACGGCGAUUCACGAGGAGCGGCGGCGAGGCAUCAGAGGAAGGGGACGAUAAGCGAACAGCAAUGGAAAGUGACACGUGGGAUAAAAAGGCUCCUGAGUACACUUUGAUACACGAUUGCAUUUUCCAUUAGCAGACACGACGGAUCCCAAAAACGGAGACGUGGGUGCCAGCGUGUUGGCACGAGCACAUGUUUCUUACAGGGUUCCUUCGCCACGUGUGUCUCGAGGCGGGCUGUGUGAAGCGUCCCGAGGAAGUGAGUGAAUGAAUACGAAAUGAUAAUGAGCCAGAAUUCCGACGUCACAUGGCGAGUGUACUGUGUGAGGCGUUCCUUGGUGUGACAGAUCUCCUCGAACUAACAGAAGUGGCGGUAUAACUUAAAACUCGUUCCCCUUGUUUAGAAAUGAAAGGUGAGCGAGUAAGUCUCUCAAAUGGCAACGAAAGACAAGAGAACGAACUGCCACACGUAAUAGGAAGUGGCAGGAAUCAUCCACUGUGUUUCUCGUUACGCGUUCGGGUAAUAAAUGAAGGCGGAUCGGCGGCAUCUGUCACAAUGAAUAUCUUUCCUUCCAGAGAAGUUCAUACGCCAGGCAAUCAGAGGGAGCAAGGCGCGUGACAGGAAGUGGCAGGGGGUCACUAGUUUGCUUCCCUAUCCACGUGCAGGAAAGAAAUGAAGGCGAAUGGAUAAGCGUCGCUGGAAAUAUCAAGCAUAGGGGGAUAUACGAACUGACAUGCGAGGUAGGAUGAGGUGAAGGAAAAUGUUGCUGUUCCCUUCCCACCACGAGAAACAAAUGAAGGUGGAUGUAUACGUGAAUGCCGUCCCCUAAAAACGUGUAAUAGUCCAUGCGUGAAUAUUCUUCUUUACACAAUAAGGCGAAGGGUGAAUGGAAACCCUCAGCUGUGGAUGGCGUUCUGGCGUUCAUGUGAAAAAGAAGAAAAAACCCGGACAGCAUUGUAUGAGUUAUAAAAAAGAAAUAAUGAUAGAGGGUCAGCGAGGGGGAAUGAUUUAGUACCCGAAACGUGUGUGUGAUAUAAAAAAGAAUAAAAGUUGAAGGGGAACGAGGAGAACUGAUGUACCAGGACGUGUUUCGGGUGUGAUUACGAGGCCGUUGUGGAGUCCGUCAGUGAGGGAAAUAGUGUAUGACAGGCGGGUGAGUAACAUGAUGUGUGCUGAGGCUGGUGAGUGAUGGAAACCUGUGACGACUGCAGCAGAGAGAAGGAAAACACGAGCAGGGAAAAACAACCUUGAUGGGAGAGUUUGAUAUGACGCCUCAGCUGGAUCUGCGGCGAUGAUUCCAGCACCGACAAUUAGGCAAAACAACAGACUAACGAGGUGGAAGAACUGUAUUGAUGGUGCAUAAGACAGCUAAACACUUAGGCGGCCGCUGCUUUCUGCGCCACCUGCUGCUUUCACUUUAGUAAUGAUAAUAGUAAGAAGAUAACUGACUAGAGGGGAAAAAGACCACAUAAUGUAUCGUGACACAGGUUGACUUCUGCCCCACCGAAAUCACAGACAACCCAACGACUGAACGGAAAGAGAAAUAACCACAGUGAAAGUGCAUAAUACAUCAUUGAACUAGAGCGACAGCAGCCAAGAUCCACGAAGCAAGACCAUCAUAGAAAAGAAAGAGAAAUAAUCAACGAGUAAUAGACUAAACCCAACAGGAAUACUUAGCCAACAAAAUAUCUGGGUGAAGUAGGAGCGGAAUAAAGGAAUAGAGGACGAGAACAGAGGCAAGAAGGGUAUAUAAGGCGGCCACUCGUCUCACCAAUACUAUCUUAACACCGUCGCAUUGUACUGACGAAAACAAGGCUUAUGAACCACUCACGGUCACCCUCCCUCGUCUAGCGCACCGCCAGCCUCCUGAACACACACUGAAUGUUACUCACGCUUGUCAAACACAUGAUAACGGGAGCUGCGGGAAAUUCUGCUGCUCAGUAAACAAUGGUCAAACGAGUUACAUGGACAGAGGGAUAGAGAGAGGCUGAGGGAAUGAGAAACGACGGGAGGCGGAAUAUAUAGAAAUCGGAGGAGGAAAAAAAGGAAGACCCUAUAUCUAAGGAGACUACAAACCAACCACCACCUGUCAGCUGCAAGUUAGACCAGAAGGAGACUCCGUUUGUGUUUACUCAGCCGCUGUUGCUUCGUCAAAGGAAACGUAUUGAUGGACUUAGCGGCUAUACUUUAACAUUCCGUUUUCGAGUGUGGCGCAAGGGACUUGAGAUUACUGCAGGAGCUUAACAUGUGUGAUUUACUUUACUCAAUUUACAUUAACGUCGCCCACUCCAGCCUUUCCUAGCGUUAACCAAUCACGAGCCGCCUUAGAUGGAAAAAGGGGCGUGGCGUGGUGUGGGCCAGCUAGUGAUAUGUACUUAAUGGGAAAGGGGGAGGAGCCUAUUCGCCUUGUUAGUGUGGAUGGAGUAUGAUAUGUAGGCUAUGCGGCUCAAUGUGGCUGCCUUGAUAACUUAUUCUUCGUGUCCCUCGUUCGAAUCCAACCAGUGUCUUUUCUACUACUGCUAAACCUCUAUUCUUCCUCCUCCUCCUCCUUUUCCUCCUUCGAAUCUCACUUUCUUUCAUUUAUUCUCCAUUUUCCUCUUUCUCCAUCAUUUAUUCUAAUCUCUACCACUCUUUCAUCCCUCUUCCUUCUCUUCCUUCUCCUCCUCCAUCCAUUCCUUCAUACUUCUCUUGCUCCUUAUCCUUCUCCUAUCUUUUACGUAACAUACACCCUCCUCCUCCUCCCUCCUCCUCCUACUCCUCCUAUUCCUCCUCCUCCUCCUCUCCCUGAUCCAGCUUCCACGUCCGACAAUUAUCAUCUUUUUCCACUGAGAAGGGUAAGAGUGGCCAAUCUUUUUCGUGCGCCGUCUUUGUGAUAACGAAUGUUCAACUGAAGUGUCUGUGGACUUUUGUAAACCAGUUAGAAGGGAACCUAUUGUCAGACGGGAGAGAGACAGAGAUAAAUGAAUAGAAAUAUAGAUAGAUAAAGGUAUAUAGAUAGGUAGACAGAGAGGCAGAGAGAUAAAGAGGGAAGGAGAGAGUCUACGGAUAUAAUGAAAUAUGAAAAGCUGCUUCCGUAGAGUUUUAUAGGGAAGAAAAUAUGUGAUUUCUAUAGAUUUUCACACCACACAGACACUCAAACAGAUAGA